UGCGAGGGAACUUCACACCCAAUAGACACGCUUGUUACAUUUCCAUCUGCUUUCGGUUCUUCUCAUUGGUCGAAAAGGUAUGGGCAUUUAAAUCCUAGCGUCGUCAAAAACUCGUGAACAGCGGUUGACAAUUUUGCUCCUCUGCAAAGUCUUCAUGUUACAUCGUGAGAAAAUUUGUUGGAAGAUCGUUGAAAAUUUGUUGGAAGAUCGUUAUAUCGUUAAUAUUGUUCAACAUUUUGGGCCUAUACUUACGAACAAGAAUUAUCGUCAAGAUUGAGUUAUUUUAAACAAAAUAAAUCUGGAUAUUCUAUUUUCCGUGAAUUUCACCACAGAUAUAAAUUAAACAAGGAUACAAAAUGGCUAGUCAUUUUAGUAUUUUCAGUGAGUCUGAAAAUCGUAAUUCUUUAUCUUUAAACAAGGGUAAAGAGAGAUCCCAAAAUCUUAAACUAGCAAAACUAAAGACUGUUGGAACAACUGGAUCUACUCCAUUAAAAAUAUUUGCUCAACCACAGCCAACUAAACCGAAAGGACUUUCGAUUCGCUCAAAAUCAGAUCUCAAUGUAUCUGUUUCUACCAGUUCUGGAUUUAGUAAACAAAUUUCAAAGGAUUGCAUGAAUUUAGAAGAUAAAUCAAAUGUUUCAAAGAAACCAUCUCUUUCGCCAAUAAAAUGGAAAACACCAAAGAGCAAAACAUUCACAAAUAUUACUACAAAAAAAUUAUCACCAAAAAUAUCAUCUCCAAUUAUGAAGAAUGUUGUAGAUGAGUUUGUAUUCGCAAAACCAGCAACUCCAAAACCACUUAAGAAAUAUCCAGAACCAGAAACCUUAGCUGGCUAUUAUGAUCCAAUUAAAUUGAUGGAUGAAGAAAUGGAGAGUAUUUUUAACAAAGACCUUGCAUCAAUAAAACUUGUGAGGAGUAAUGAUGACUCAAUAAAUUCUCUUGAAGACGAAGGAUUUAUUUCUGAUCCUGAGCAAGAUUCACUUUAUGAUUCAUUGAUGCAGUGCUCAAUACCAUCUUACGAUGAUAUUGGACUUCCAGAUAUUUCAGAUUCAGAUGGUGAAGAUUAAAAUAUUCAAGUACAUCCAGGUUUUAUUCACGUGAAUUUAUCUAGCCUAUUUAUUUCGUUAUAGCACAAAUAAUUGUUGUUUCUAAUAGCUGUGCUACUCGAGGAUGUUAAUAAUUUAAGAUUUGUGAGCAUUUUAUGACGAAAGCUGCACUGAUUUAAUUUUGUACUCAAAGACAAAUUAUUUUCUUAUAAUAUUUAGUUUAUUAGAUUAAAAAGAACGACUGAUAUGUAUAUAUUAAUACUUACAUUUCUAAGAAAUUUAAAAAAAUAAAAAAGUGAUAGUAGUUAACGAUUGACA